AUGGAGUUCUAUGGUAGCGGUUCUUCCACGUUUAAGCCAUUCGAAGCCUUGAAAUAUCUAAGGUUCGAAGACAUGCCAGAUUGGGAAAAUUGGUUAUGUUUUGAUUCUGAAAAUGAAGGUGAAGCUUUUCCUCGUCUUGAAGUGCUUAAGAUUGUUAGCUGCCGCAAGCUAACAGGAGUGUUGCCCAUCCAUCUUCCUUCUUUAGCCAUACUUAAGAUUGUUGGAUGUUUACAGCUGGAGGCAUCACUCCCAAGGUCUCCUAAUCUACGUCAAUUGGAGUUAACAAAUUUUAAGGAGGUUCCGUUAAAUGAAUUGCCAUCUGGAUUAUUGAAAAAAGUAGUACUUGGAGGAUCUGAUACAUUACGGUCCCUACCGAAGGGAAUGAUGGAUUCCAGCAGUCCUCUUCAAAGAUUGGAAAUCCAUGGUUGUUGCUCGCUCAUGUUACUUCCGGAUGAUGGUCUACCCUCCGCAUUAGAAACUCUUAAGAUCUCAAACUGUAAGAAGUUAGAAUUCCCAGUGCACUUCAACUAUUCAUCCCUCAAAGAGUUGUACUUGCAAAAUAGUUGUGAUUCUCUUAGGUGCUUUCCAUUAAACUUAAUCGCAGAUAUCAAUAUUUUUACCAUCGAGAGAUGUGAGAAUCUGGAGUCUCUUAUUGAUUCAGGACAACAUGAAAGUGAUUCAGCCGCCUCGAUUAUAAGAAUCAAGAAUUGCCCUAAUUUCCUAUCAUUUCCUGAUGGAGGAUUGCGUGCCCAAAAAUUGAAAACAUUUGAGAUACAUGAUUGUGGGAGUUUAAGGUCAUUGCCUGACAAGAUGCACCUACUCCUUCCAUCUCUUGAGUCGCUAUCUAUCAGCAAGUGUCCAAUGCUGCAAUCAUUCAGUGAAGGGGGCUUGCCUACAAAUUUAAAAUCGAUUUCCAUCAAAGAUUGUGACAAACUCGUUGCCUCUCGAACGACAUGGGGUCUGCAAAAACUCCCCUCUCUUCAAGAAGUGUCAAUCGGUGGCAAAUGCGAAGAUGUGGAGUCUUUUCCGGAGCCAACGUUGCUGCCCAUGACUAUGACCAGUCUUACCAUCUCAGGAUUUCCGAAUAUGACAUCUCUAGACAAGAAGGGCCUUCAACACCUCACCUUUCUUGAAAAUUUGUAUAUCCGUAACCUCCCAGGGCUAAAGUUCACGCCAGAAGAGAGAUUGUUUGACUCCAUUUCUACUCUGAUCCAUCUUACCAUCGAUGAAAUUCCAAUUAUGACGUCUUUAGACAUCAUGGGUAUUCAACACCUCACCUCUCUAAAGACGAUGGAGAUCUGUGAUUGUCCUAAUCUGAAGUUCUUGCCAAAAGAUGGAUUUCCUGCCUCCAUUUCUUCUCUAGAGAUCAGCGGAUGUCCACUGUUGGAUAAACAAUUGCAAAAUAGAAAAGGAAAAGAAUGGCACAAGGUGGCCAACCUUUACCUGUUGCUAAAAUUGAGGAAGUUUCUGUUAAGAUUAACAACUCCGCUUCUACAACAAAUCAAAUGUCAGUGCCAGGAAAAGCUUGAUCAACUAUUGCACCCUCAUUUUCGUUGCACAAUGGAGGAGAUCAAUGCUCUGGCUAGAGAUGCACUUAUCAAUGCAAGUGGCACCAUUGACUCUGCAUUCGCAACUGGCAAAUGUUUCAUGGAAAUCUGCUCUGCCGCCUAUGAUCUCCAGUGGCGGUUCGACCAGGAGUCACUUCCUGCUGACCUAAUUAGAAGGUACCUAGUUUCUAAUUAG